CUUGUUACCGGUACACUUCUUUCUCGCUGCCUACCUGCUAUGUAAUUAGGUAGUCAGAACACAGAACGCCUUUCACAGAGUAUACACCUUUCGCCUCGCCUGAUAAUAGGCUGCUUUAAUGGAGGGUUGCAGACCGGCAGUUCCAUUGGCCAGUUGGCUACUCAGUUUUCAUUAUCUUGGAGUUGGGUGAUGCUACCUACCACACGCCACCGACGUGAUGUUCCGCUGCACGAAUAAUAUGCACUUCCUCACAACGCCAUGUCCCAUAUCUACCCCUCCAGAUAUCUCUUGAGCGUAAGCUACAUAUGUAGCUAUUUUCCCCUCAUCUUCGUAAAUCUAGCUAGGUACGAACGUCGGAAUGUGCUAAUAUAGCUGUGACGCCUCUGCCAUCAACUUAUCUUAAUCGUACUAAGAGCGCCGUUAUCGUUAAAUAAAUUUUGAACUAUCAACCAGCCAUGCCUCAUGCGGAGGAGAAAUGUCGUGAAUUUACGCCGGAGCUAUACCCCCCUUUCCCCGACGAUACCCUCGUCAUCGACUUACCUAUCGUCGCUCUGUCAAAGCUGCUUAAUGGCAACGUAGCAGAGCAAGAUAAGGUAUUCGAGGCUUGCACACGACGUGGGUUCUUCUACCUCGAGCUCGGGGGUUGCGACGCUGGAGAGACUAUCCUCAACGGCGCAGGGAAGAUUGCGGCGGUGUCGGAGGGCGUCUUUCGGCUACCUCUAGAGGAGAAAAUGCGAUACAAGCAAGGAAAGCAAAUAUUCGGAUACAAAUGGGCCGGUUCGUCAGUCGGCGACCAGGCCGGAACUCGGGAUACGGCUGAGUUUUUCAACGUCGCCCAGAACGACAUGAUGGCACCCGACGAUCGCAUGAGGCGCCCUUGGCCCUCUGAGAUCAUGGAGAGCAAGCCGCUGUUUGCGUCGUAUUCGGAGAGCGCGCACUUUAUCGGGAUGACGGUCCUGUCCGUUCUCGCAGAAAGGCUUGGCAUUGACCCCUCCGAGUUUGCGAACCGCCAUAGGAUCGAGGAGCCCUCGGGCGACCAUGUGCGCCUUACGCGUGGCCCACCAAGAGUGGUGGAGGAAAUGGCCGAAGUGCAGACGCCAUCACACACAGACGGUGGCACAAUCACGAUCCUAAUGAACUGGCUCGGCGGCCUCCAAGUAUGGUCCGAGUCCGCGCGGAAAGCCCAGCUGUGCAACGGCCAACCAGACGUGCCGGGGGAAUGGCAGUGGGUGAAACCGCAAGCUGGGUGCGCCAUCGUCAACCUCGGCGACGCCGCUGUGAGGUUCUCCGACGGCAGGCUGUGCGCUGGCCGGCACCGCGUGAUCCCGGCGCCCGGUGUGCAGGGGCGGUGGCCGCGGUAUAGCGUUGUGUACUUUGUUCGGCCGGAAGACUGCUGCGUCAUGACGAGGAUCAAGAGAAAGGAUAGCACGGAGGAGGAGGAAGAGGAGGGGGAGGAUGGGGGAGAGGGAGAGCGGUUGACGGCUACGGAGUGGAUUUACAAGCAAACGUUGGCGUUGGGGAAUAAUUUAGAUGGCGAUUAGUGGAAGUGAUAGGUUGAGAUGAUGGUUCUUUGGGGAAGGGGGGUACGAUUAGUGCCUACUGGGUACAUGAGGCAGCACCUUAGGCUAGGUAAUUUAUCAUAUUACGCUCCAGUCUAGUAGCCUUAGGAUGCUUGAUAUGAAUCACAGUGCUGUUGAGGAUCGAGGUAAAAUUUAGAAAAAAGAUAUUGGC